UAAUAAUAAACCAGAGAACUCUUCUGAUCUCCUUCCUUCUCUGUCAAUGAAAAUGAGCAGCCGACGGCGACGAUGCAAGCGACAGCUGAUCAAGUUCACUCAGCACAUUACUCGAUUCAUCACAGGAACUCUGAGCUCAGAUAAUGAGGACGAAGAACAAGAGAGCAUGACCGAGCGCUAUCACCCGGAAAAUCUGGAGCAGCUGCAGUCGCAGACCCACUUCUCCAGACAAGAGCUGCAGUUACUCUUCAGAGGAUUCAAGAACGACUGUCCGAGUGGAGUCGUGAAUGAGGACACUUUCAAAAACAUCUACGCCUUGUUCUUCCCACUGGGAGAUUCAUCAAAGUAUGCUCAGUUUCUUUUCAAUGCAUUUGAUAAAGAUAAGAACGGCUCUCUUAGUUUUGAGGAGUUAGUCUGUGAUCUCUCUGUUUUGUUGAGAGGCAGUACUGAAGAGAAGCUGAACUGGGCUUUCAAUCUAUACGACAUCAACAGCGACGGACAGAUCACUAAAGAGGAGAUGUUGGAUAUAUUGAAGUCUAUUUAUGAUCUGAUGGGGAAAUCUGUCCAUCCUCGACUGAAAGAGGAGGCAGUGAGGCAACACGUCAGAAUGUUCUUCCAAAAAAUGGACAUAAAUCAGGAUGGUGUAGUAACUAUUGAGGAAUUCAUGGACUGCUGCCAAAAAGAUGAGGAUAUAAUGCAGUCUCUUAAGAUUUUUGACAAUGCUGUUUAGAUGUUAGUCAGCACUUAUUCUCACCGGACACCUCUGGACUGUCCAGACUGUGUUUGUGGACUGACUGCUGAAUGUAGAACCCUGAUAGACAUUUGGAGUCAUUGUGUGAUGCAAAUGUGAAUCCAGUGUUAAAGUGGUACAGUAACAUCUUUUUUUUUUUUUUUUAUCAUGCAUGGUGCAAAAGUGUUCUUUUAAUUCAUAAUGUAUUCAUUCAACACUGUUCAACAACCAGCAUUUAUUUAUUUAGUUUUUGACAUUUAAAAAAAAGGUUAAAUAUAUUGUACUUAUGUAUUGAUUUCAAAAUCUUCUGGAAGAAAGAAUCUAGUUUGUAUUUCACCAUUUAAUGCAUCGACCUAAUAAUGUUGCUUAUACUGAAUAUCAGAAAAAUGAUAAAACUGCAUGAUGCACAGAUGCUUUUCCUCUAAAGCUGCUCUAAUCAUGAACAAAGAUAAUGAAGUUUUGCUUCUUUUCACAACUCCCAAAUAUAAUUUGUGGUGCUAAUUUCUGUUCUCUAAAUGCAUACUUUCUUUGAUUCAUUAAAUCCUCAGUGUCUUUUCCUAAACUCUAGAUUAGGAUUUACAGUAUGCUUGAA